UUUGUCUGUGUAAGGAUUUUUUGUAUUCUUGAUAUGCAUUGCAUAUCUUGCAGCAUUAUUUGUUAAAAUAUUUAUUCUAGAAGACUAUUAUGUAUAAGUUAACUUCGGGUAACAUUGGAGUAUUUGGAUUAUGAACUGACACUACACUUAAAUGUAUGAUGGGAAGAAACAAAACUGCCUCUGGUGGGGGUGGUCCCCAGUCUAAUGCAGCUUGCACAAGUCCUGCCCCAGCAGAAGAUAAACCUAGCACCACAGCAGCUGCUGCCGAGAACAAGAUAAAGGACUUGUUGAAAGAACUGUAUCGUUUGAUACAUGAGGUUCAGGAAGAGAGAUCCAGGGGUGAGCACAAUUUGACAAACAUCUCAAAGACACAUGAAAGGAUGCAGCAAGAACAAAGAAUCACUCCUUACUACAAGAACAAGUUAAGAAGUCUUUACAACACAGCAAUGCAAGAUGCCGAAGCAGAGGCUGAAUUAUUACGAAAGGCUCUGGACAAGAUUGGUGAAAUCAAAGGAGCUUCACAAAACAGAAGAUUUGGAGAUUCUGACCGGCCUAAGCAAAUAAUGCGAAGAGGUGUUCUUAUGAACCUUCUACAACAGAAUGCCGUCACUCUGCCAUUGUGGGUGAGCAAGCCAGGAGAAAGCCUGCCGCCGUUAUGUGGAGCAGUGCCAGCAGACAACAACUAUGUUGCUAAAGCUGGAGACAAAGUGGCUGCAAGGGUUAAAGGUCAGGACGGCGAAGAAAACUGGAUAUUGGCCGAGGUGGUUUCCUUUAAUCCAACAACGAACAAAUAUGAAGUUGACGACAUAGAUGCCGAGGAGGGAAAAGAACGCCACACAAUAAACCGGCGGCGGAUUGUUCCACUGCCGAUCUGGAAAGCUAAUCCUGAAACCGACCCCGAAGCAUUAUUUCCUAAGGGAACACUUGUUCUAGCUCUAUAUCCACAAACUACAUGUUUUUAUCGAGCUCUUGUCGAUGAAUCACCAGCCGGGCCACAGGAUGACUACUCGGUGCUGUUUGAAGACACGUCUUACCCAGAUGGGUACUCACCUCCUCUGAUGGUGGCGCAGAGAUACAUCAUUGUGUGCAAGGAGGACAAGAAGAGAUAAUGUCACUGGUGUGGACAGUGUGCCCCUACAGCUCUACUUACAGAAACAUGCUCAAUGAUGUCUGCUGCUUGUGUGUUCUCCACUAUCCUUGCAGUGAUGGGUUCAAAGGACGACUGGAACUUUACCUGUCAGUCAGUUUUAAAUGAAGUAAAUCCCAUUUCAGAGUGCAAGAAAUUACAAGAUUCGUAUGGUAAACAGGCAUACAGGCUCAUUUUUGUAGUGGGACAGGCUGAUUUUUGCCCGAACUAAACAAAAAUGCCUGAAUCUGGAUAACAAACAUUAUUCAUGCCAAACAGCUAUAUAGGGUAGUAAAAAAAAAAUCACUACGCAUUUUUUACAUGGAUAACAGCUAAUAUUGUGGGUAGAAUGAUAGAAAUACAUGCUUAAAAGAUUUCAGGCAAGAUAAUUUUGCCUGCAUAACUCUGUAUUUUUUGCCAGAAUUCAAGAAUUUGCCCCAUCCUCAGUAUCAAAUGCUUAUGAAGGUAGCAUGUGUUCGGUCUUCACCAGAUUGUGAAUUUGAACCCACCUUCAAUAUUCUACUGAUUCCAGAGAAGCAAAACAUUGUUUCCAGCUUGCUUAUUUGCAGGGAACAUUUUGUUUUCAGUAUUUUGAAUCACAUCAGUUACUCAUCAGUUUUAAAAUUGAUUGGCAGCUACAAUUUUAACAUUUUAGAAUUGUGUAGCGAUCUCUGUAACACAACACACUACUGAACAAAAUGUUCCAGGACUUGUUCUUGAGAAGCAAUAAUCAAAGUGUGGUCUGUUUUGACUUUGAAAUCCAAUUUGUGUUCAACCAUAUAUGAAUUCUAUUUAAUGGCCAUAUAAGUUUGAUAUAGAACUUUUGAUGUCAUUUUAUUGUAUAUAUCACUAAAAGCAUGGUUUAAAAAAAAAAAAAAAAUUACUACUCUGUAUAUUUGAUCCAAAAGAUAGUUAAUUUUGUCAGUGUAGAGGACAACCGUGUCAACAAUUGUUAAAAUCUUCUUUAAUCUUCCUUUUUCUCUGGUAAAAUUCAAGUUUUUUUAUUAUUAUCAUGACAUAAAAAUGCAUGCCACGACAAACUAUAUCAUCUGAUGGUUCUUUUAAACAGAUUUGAUGAUAAUAUUUAUUUACAAUAAUAAAAAUAUAUACAUAUGUUUGUACAUACGGGUGUGUGCGGUUCAUAUAUUCAUUUUUACUUCCAUUUAUUAGGUGUUCAGGGCAUGAAAUCAACAAAUGACAGAUCUUUCAUGCAAAAUCUGUAAUCGUUUGGCAGAAAAUCUGUAAAAAACAAUUAUCACUGAGUUUUUAAAAAAGAAAAUAAGCCUACAUUACCAGUGUGAGAAAGAUACAAUGUAUGCUUUUGAAAUCAGCAUCACAGUCGAUACAAAGUCGGCGCUGUCUUUAGAAGUCUGAAAAAUUCAAAUUUUAUACCCUGUGUUUGUAACAGUACAAGUACAUAUGGCAUUGCAAUGUUUUAAGAUUUUGCUCAGAUACUUUCUGUUUGUUUGUAUUUAUUCUGUGUUGAGUUGUUAUGUGAAAACAGUUCCAGAAAUUAUCUGAUAAUGUAGAUUUUCCAAAGUAACACUAUGUAUGCUGGAAUUUGUUUAUUGCAUUUAUGGCCAUUUAUUUCAAUUAAUUUCAUGUGUGUUAGCACAACACCUGUCUAUGUGAUUCUUUCUGUAUUUAUGGAAAUUUUGUAUCAUAAACACAUGUGACAAUUAUGUACCUUGAAACAAUUAUAACUCAUUAGAUGUAA